UUGUUGCCCGAGUGCCUCGGGGAGUUUCUGUCGCCUGGAGGGUUUUGCGCCGGCCAUGGAGGCUUAAAGGUUUCGCUGGCCGGUGGAGAGAGCAGGAAGGAGCCGGCACGCUUUUGCGGCAGCAGCAGCGCCCGAGGGAGGCAAAAGCAAACCUUUUGAGAACUUUUUAAAAUUACUUGUUCUUCUCCCUCCCUCCCCAAAAGGGGAGGCAGAUCACAACAUGAAGGAUUAUCGACUCACCAACGACGGGAAAAUGAGCCAUUACAAACCCCCGGCGGGGGCGCAAGGCAUGGGGUCCGGCCUGAAAUACAGCAACAAAAAAGAGGACAUGAAUGGUUUGGAAGAAGGUGUGGAGUUCCUCCCCACCAUGAAUGCCAAGAAGCUGGAGAAGCGUGACCCAAAGUGGUAUAUGAUGAUGGCAGGCAUCGUUGUGGUCUGCCUGGCUGUCUCCUUAUUGGUGGGAUUCCUGGUCUGGCACUUCAAAUACAAGAAUGCCCCUGUGCAGAAACUGUACAACGGCCACCUGAGGCUCACUGGCUCUCGCUUCAUAGACGCUCUUGAGAACUCCAGCUCCUCAGAAUUUGCUACCCUUGCCGGGAAAGUAAAGAAGAUGAUUAUAGAUAUCUAUAAAAAUAAUCCAGAUGUUGGCCAGUUCCACAAGGAAACAGUGAUCACCUCAUUCAGCGAGGGCAGCAUUAUUGCUUACUACUGGUCAGAGUUCAGUGUACCUAAACUUCAAGCAGAUGCCCUUGACAAGGCCAUGGCAAACAUCCAGGCGUCGAAUCAAGCACAGAUGCACAAGUUGAGAAACCCUGAUUUGAGAGUCGAUACAAUCGUUGCUUUCUCUACCAAUCCUGACACAAUUAAGGCUUCCCGGGACAGCAGCUGCAAGUAUGCCUUGCAUGCAAAAGAAGGACUGGUCACCAGCUUCACCUCACCAGGAUUUCCCAACAGCCCGUAUCCGUCUAACGCACGGUGCCAAUGGGAGCUGAGAGCAGAUGCAGACUUGGUCAUCAGCCUGACCUUCACGACGGUGGACCUGGAACCAUGCAAAACAGGGAGUGACACAGUUGUGGUGUAUGACUCGCUUAGUGCCUUGGAACCCCGCGAGAUGGUCAGGCUGUGUGGCAGCUACAGUCUAUCCUACAACCUGACCUUCGUCUCCUCGCAAAAUGUGAUGCUGGUCAUGCUGAUCACAAACAGCGAGGGGCGAAACCCCGGCUUCAGGGCGGAGUUCUUCCAGAUGCCAAAGAUGCAAACCUGUGGUGGAACCCUGAGAGGAAUAUCAGGAAACUUCACCACUCCGUAUUUCCCAGGCCAUUAUCCUCCCAAUAUGAAUUGCACAUGGAACAUAGAGGUUCCCAGCAACCAGAAUGUGAAGGUGCGUUUCCACAGUUUCUUCCUUACAGAGCCUGGUAUCCCAAUGGUUUCCUGCACCAAGGACUAUGUGGAAGUCAACAAUGUAAAGCACUGUUCGUCAAAAAAGAUGUUUGUGGUAUCGAGCAACUCCAACAAAAUUGUGGUCCGUUUCCAUUCAGACUUUUCGUUUGUGGACAAUGGCUUCUUGGCAGAGUUCCUGGCGUAUAAUUCUCAUGACCCUUGCCCAGGCCAAUUCACUUGCAAGACUGGCCGUUGUAUUGAGCUCAAGAGACACUGUGAUGGCUGGAACGACUGCACAGACGGCAGCGACGAAUCAAACUGCAACUGCACCACAAAGCAGUUCCGAUGCAACAACGGGUGGUGCAAGCCGAAAUACUGGGUCUGCGAUGGUGUCAACGACUGUGGGGACAUGAGCGACGAACUCCAGUGCCAGUGCCCAGCUAAUAACAUGAAAUGCAACAACGGCAAUUGCAUUUUGGAGUCCAAGAAAUGUGAUGGCAGAGACGACUGUGGCGAUGGCAGUGAUGAAGGGGAAUGCAGCUCAGUUGUCACAGUCCCCUGCCAAGAUUACACUUACAAAUGCCGGAAUAAGCUGUGCGUGAGCAAGAAGAACCCAGAGUGUGAUGGGGUGCAGGACUGUGGUGAUAACUCAGAUGAAGACAACUGCAGCUGUGGCACGCGCAGCUUCUCAAAGAAAUCCCGGAUUGUUGGUGGCACCAAUUCUGAGGAGGGCGAGUGGCCGUGGCAGAUCAGCAUGCAGACCAAAAGCAGUGGUCACGUCUGCGGAGCCUCUUUGAUAUCACAGAGGUGGCUGGUGUCAGCAGCGCACUGCUUUAAUGAUCCAAAAGUUCCCAGUCUCUCUGAAACCAAGACAUGGACUAUAUACAUGGGACUUCUCGACCAGCAGAACAAGGACAGUCCCAAUGUUCAGAAACGGGGCCUGAAGCGCAUCAUCGUCCACCCGUACUUCAAUGAUUUUAUUUACGACAACGACAUUUCUGUGGCGGAGCUGGAUAGCCCAGUCACCUUCACCAAGUACGUCCAGCCCAUAUGUCUGCCUGAUACCACACACGAAUUCCCGGUGGGCAAGGUCAUCCAUGUGACUGGAUGGGGAGCCACAGCAGAAGAAGGUCCUGGCGCUAACAUUUUGCAGAAGGCAGAAAUCCGAGUGAUCAACCGGACUAUAUGUGGGCCACUGUUGAGCAGCCCACUGACUCCACGCAUGAUAUGUGUUGGGGUCCUGGAGGGAGGAAUCGACGCCUGCCAGGGAGACUCCGGCGGGCCACUUACCAGCAUCGAGAUCAAUAACAAGAUGUUUUUGGCUGGUGUGGUGAGCUGGGGGGAAGGAUGUGCCCGACGGAACAAGCCUGGAGCCUACACCCGGGUUGCACUGUUUCGGGACUGGAUCCGAGAGACCACAGGGGUGUAGGUGGUUGUAGCCAUGGGACGAUCCUCACACAUCUGAUUUUCCUAUGUCUGCCAUUGUCAAGCUGGUGGCUGUGGAGAAUCCUAAACGAUGUGAAGAGAACUCUGCGUAUCUUGUUUGCACCCUCCCUGAUUUUUUUUUUGGGGGGGGGAGGGGAGAAAUGAUGAGUCUGGGUUUAUUGAUCAGGUGAGCUGAGUCACCAGUUUUUGGGCCUUUUGCCCCCUUCCUGGCAGUGCUUUCCACACCUUUGGUCUUUGAGGACUGUUUGAGCAAAUCUUAUUUGAAUGUGAACUGGUUUCCCAGUGGGUCUGAAUCUACAGGGUGGGGAGGGGAGGGGAGGCUGGCACUCCUCAAAGCGAUCCUGCCCGGGUCAUACAAGGCCAGGCCUGGUGGGGAUCGUGCUUUUGAGAUGAGACUGCAGUGUCCAGUAGGAAUGUAAUGGAAGAGAGCUGUGUCCAUCUAUUACAAACCAACUUCUGUGUAUGUUUCUGGAAACUGGAUGGAAUGUUAAUGGCCCUGUGGUUUUCUGACUAAUCUUGUACAGCUGGCACCUGUGACCUGUUUUGUUUGCUUUCCUCUUCACACCCAGAGAGUUCCACCCUGUGAAUGUGAUUGUUACCUACAUUGUGUGUGGGUUUUUUUUUUUCAGAAUUACUGGUCAAAUGGAAGGGAGUGUCCACAUUCUGUCUCCUUUUCCAAAUCUGCAAGUGUUGAUGUGCAGAAUUGUCAAAAGGAAAUGGUGCAUCUUUUUUCUUCUGUUGGGUAGCGGGCAAUUGAGUAACUUGGUUUUCCAAGGAUGGCUAAAUGGGCACAUCCAGUUUUGCUAAAGUAGUUUUUCAAGCAGGACUAAGUUUUCAUCAUUAUUGUAGUACUUCAAGUUUUGUUUUGUUUUUAAGUGUGCCGAUUUUUUAAAAUCUUUGCAGAUAACACACACAUCCCUGGAGAUAAACCACACGUCAACAGGGGUGAUGGACUCUUGUUCAUUUGUUCAGUUCGUUCGUUCAUUCAGUUUUAAAGUUAAACGAACGAACGGACUCUUGGUUAUUGCUCUCUCCCAGUUUUAAUGCAGUGUCCAGAGAUUCUUUCUGCAGCCUCAGAAGUUCCUUCACCAUAGAUCCCCUCUUAGACAAAAUCUUUAACAUCCGCUGCUAAACUUUGCCUUCCUUGUUAUAUACUAACAUUACUUGGAAUUGGGUCUCUUCCAUUCCUGAUUUGCUUGUGGCUAGACCAUGGAGAUCGAGGAGACUUGCAGCUGGCACCUUCCUGUGCCCACACAGGGUUCAGAGCCUUUAGCCAUGAUCAUUGUUGCUCUUAAGGCAGACAUAAAGCAUUCCAAAUACCCUGCUGGGUUUUCAAUUGUGGAAGUCUCCAAGGAUGCCUUGGUGAUCCUUGCCUGUUUAGUACCAAAGAUGCGAUCAUGGUGAUCCUGUUAUUUAAGUCCCAUUGAAAUUUGUGGGAAUCAUGCAUGCCUAACUAGCUGUAGUACUGUUGUUUGUGGAGGCAGAGAAUUGUUCUGAAAAUCUCUGCAGUACGGAAUAGUGGGAGAUGUUCCCUUGCAGGCAGUUACAUACAGAUGGCCUUUAGCUAAUGCUGUAGGUGCCCUAUUGUGAAUGAGGACAGAUCUUAGUUAAAAUGGCUCGGUUGCCCUUUGCAAAGCCAGGGUUUUAUACCUAAGGCUGGAAUCUUUCCAUCCUGCCAGUCUCUUGAGCAAGGAGAGUAUUCAAACAGUGCCUGCUGUGAAGGGCUUUUAUUGUAGCAGGAACUCCUUUGCUUAUUAGGCCACAGCCUCCUGAUGUAGCCAGUCCUCCUGGAGUUUACAGUAGGCCUUGUACUAAGAGCCCUGUAAGCUCUUGGAGGAUUGGCUACAUCAGGGGUGUGUGGCCUAAUAUGCAAAGGAGUUCCUGUUUGGGAAAAAAGCCCUGCUGCCAUGGAAGCUUGAGGGCUCUCCAGGGAACACAUCAUAACAUGUCUGAAAGCAGAUUCCAGCUGUGCCUUCCAUUUUUGAAUGUACCAUACUUCUGUAUGUGAAGAACAGCAUGCUGGGAUUUGUAGUCCCCAAGGGUUCCUCCCAUUGUUCCAGCGGACAUGAUACAUUUAGACACUUUCGCUCCACGUGAAGGGUUAGGGAGGCAUCACAGGGCUGGGCUUUGUGGACCACAGACCUGAGACAAUGUUUGCACUUUUAAUUCCUGCUCUUCUUUCCCUGCGUCCCCAUAUAUGAUAUAAGGAUAAUAUAGGUAGAUACUUUGUGUGUAGGGGUAGGUAGAUAGGUAGGUAGAUAGAUCUCUGUGUGUGGAAGGGUGGAGACUGAAUAUGCACAUGAAUGUAGGAAUUGAAUGAAUGUGUUCUGACCCAUUGGGGGUCAGAUUGGCAUUGCCACAAUGUGCCUUAAUAUAUGUAGCCUCAUGUAUGCCAUUCUCUGGCAUCUCCUUCUGCUGUGCCUUCUUGCUGUAGAAAAGCUGCUUUCUGGUCAUCAGGGAUGCUUUUAGUGGUGUAACGCUGAACUUUCAUUUCAGUUUAGAGACCAAGGUGGGAGGAUGCUAAGGUUAUUCACUCUCUGGGCUUGCUGUGUGCAAACCCCGAAAUAAAUAUAUAUAUUUGAGUUCUCAUACUGAAGCAUUUCAUGGAACAAAGAGUAUUGAUGAGAAUACUUGGCUAAAAGAACUCCAAAAUAUAGGUGGUUGAGGGAUGGACAAGCAGAGGUGUUACAAACUCCUUUUCCGGGCUGCUUUGGUUGAUUUUUCAAUUGGUCUAGUGGUGCUUUCUCUUCUAAUGGGGCGGGAGAGGUGCGUGAAAUGUUCUUGCGCAGGUCUCUGCCACUGUAGCUCCAGCUGGGUUGAAAUUGUGGGUUUGAGAACAGAUGCAGGGAUAAGAAAGGAACAAUUUCCAAAACAGGUGAAGUACUUAUUUGUUUUAAAAGAGUGUUUCAUUAAAAGGUUUAAGGGGUGUUUCAGUAUGCCGGUUUCUGUGGAUAAUUAAGCAUUGACAAGGGCGGAGAGAGGAAGGGUUACUUGUUCUCCUCCUUCCCCAAAUAAUUUAUCUGUUCUAUUUUUUUAGAAAGAAAUUUUGAAAAAUUGUUUUGAGUUAACUGCCUCCAUCUCUUUCCCCGUGUGCGUGUAUGUAUAUACUGUCUCUUUUUUAAAAAAACAAAAACAAAACCCUGUAAAUAUGCUAGAAUGGAUGAAAUUUACCCACCAUGAUUUUCCCUUUUUGUUAAGAGUUUGAAUGAAAUAGAUACAUCUGGAGAUUGUGUUUUUAAAAAAAAAAAAUCGGAUUUUUGUACCAA